AUGGGAGAUGAAGAAGGCACAGAGAUAGACACUCUGCAGUUCCGGCUGCAGGUCAGGUGCACCCGGAACCCCCAGGCUGCUAAAGAUUCCUCAGACCCCAAUGAACUCUAUGUGAACCACAAGGUGUACACUAGGCACAUGACAUGGGUCCCCUUGGGGAACCAGGCUGAUGUUUUCCCGGAGGGUACCAUCCGGCCUGUGCAUGGUGACAUCCUCAUUGCUCAGCUGCGGCCUGGCCAGGAGAUUGACCUGCUCAUGCAUUGUGUCAAGGGCAUUGGCAAAGAUCAUGCCAAGUUUUCACCAGUGGCAACAGCCAGUUACAGGCUUCUGCCAGACAUCACCCUGCCUGAGCCUGUGGAAGGCGAGGCUGCAGAGGAGCUGAGGCGCUGCUUCUCACCUGGUGUUAUUGAAGUGCAAGAAGUCCAUGGAAAGAAAGUAGCCCGAGUCGUUAAUCCCAGGCUGGACACCUUCAGCAGGGAGGUCUUCCAGCAUGAGAAGCUUAAGAAGGCUGUGCGGCUUGCCCGUGUUCGGGAUCAUUACAUCUUCUCUGUUGAGUCAACAGGAGUGCUGCCACCGGAUGUGCUCGUGAGUGAAGCCAUCAAAGUGCUGAUGAGGAAGUGCCAGCGCUUCCUGGAUGAGCUGGAAGCUGUGCAGAUGGACUGAGGUUCCUGGGGACCC